GAAGCAGUUUUAGCCUAUCUUCAUACUGUACUGUCUGUUUUCGCUCAUACAGGAAGAAUAGGCAGAGCAGUAAGUCUGCUAGCUCGGCACGCUCCCACAGACAAUUGACCGUGAUUAAAGACCUAUUCAGUGCUUGUCCAAUUUAGCAGUAAACAAGCAGUGACCACUGAACCCCUCAGCUGAAGUGUCGUCUGUCCCCAGGAAUGGCAGAUUUGGCAAGUCUGGUGCAGCGGCUGGAGGUGGCUGUGGGUCGUCUGGAGGCAGUGUCGGGCGGUGGCUCUGCUGGAGGCUCUGGAGUCGUGGCAGCUUACGUGGAGGCCUAUGAUGGCAUCAUCGCCGGCUCUGUUGCCCAGUACAUGACCCUCAGCCUGCAGAUAGGGGGCGACGUCCAGAAGCAUGCGGACAUGAUGAAGCAGGCAUUCUCAUGUCAGAGACAGCUCCUGGUAACCUCCUCCUGCUCCCAGAAGCCCUCUGAUGCAUCCUUGACUGCUCUCCUGGCCCCUGUCUCCAAAGUGAUCCAGCAGGUGCAGACGUUCCGCGAGCAGAACCGCUCCUCGCCCCUCUUCAACCACCUCUCGGCCAUCAGCGAAAGCGUUCCUGCCCUCGGCUGGGUCGCCAUGGCUCCUAAGCCAGGUCCCUAUGUGAAAGAGAUGCAGGAUGCUGCCCAGUUCUACACCAACCGUGUGCUCAAGGACUACAAGGAGAAGGACCAGAAACAUGUGGACUGGGUUAAGGCCUACCUGUCUAUCUGGACUGAGCUGCAGAACUACAUCAAACAGCACCACACCACUGGACUGGCCUGGAGCAAGAGCGGUCCAGUAGCCUCGGCCUCUGCAGCUCCCCCUCCCCCUGCCGGUGGCGCUCCUCCUCCCCCCGGCCCUCCUCCCCCUCCCAUGGACUUCAGCGGGUCAUCUGGCGGUGGCGGAGACCAGGGGCCUGACACCCGUAACGCCCUCUUCGCCUCCCUCAACAAGGGAGCUGACAUCACCAAGGGCCUGAAGCACGUGCCCAAAGACCAGAUGACUCACAAGAACCCCAACCUGAGGACCCAGACCGGUCCGGUGCGCACAGGGCCCAAGUCCUUCAGCUCCCCCAAGACAGCCGCCACCCCCACCCCCUCUCGCAAGCUGCCCCCCGUUCUGGAACUUGACGGCAAAAAGUGGAAAGUGGAGAACCAUGAGGGUGCCCAGGGCCUGGUGAUCAGUGACACAGAGCUCAAGCAGGUGGUCUACGCCUUCAAGUGUAACAACAGCACCCUGCAGAUCAAGGGCAAGAUAAACUCCAUCACUUUAGACAACUGUAAGAAACUGGGUCUGGUCUUUGACGAUGUCGUGGGCAUUGUAGAGAUUAUCAACUGCAGAGACGUGAAGGUCCAGGUCUUGGGCAAGGUGCCCACCAUCUCCAUCAAUAAGACUGACGGUUGCCACGUGUACCUGAGCAAAGAUUCACUGGAGUGUGAGAUCGUCAGUGCCAAGAGCUCAGAGAUGAACGUGCUGGUACCUGGCAAAGACGGAGACUAUACUGAGAUCCCUGUUCCUGAGCAGUUCAAGACUGUCUGGGAUGGCAAGAAGCUUGUCACUACUUGUACAGAGAUCGCUGGAUAGAGGGACAGCACUCGAAACAGCCUCCCCUUUGCAAUGCCUACCUGACUGAUCGACCGACCAGCUAACCAAACCACAAAGUAGACCGAGAUGCCAACCUCACCCAUAUUUUUCCAAUCCGCCAAUCACAGCUUUAGCGGUUUCUUCCUUCAGCCAAUGAGAGGACUGCUUGCUUUAUCUGGAGCAUUCCUUCAGCCAAUUGCAGGGAGCAGCUUGUUAUUCGAUUUGGUUAUCCUCAUGACCAGUGAGCGUAUUCAAAUAAGUUUGCCAACAACCAGGUUGAUUUCUGAUUUCCAGCGAAUGCAAAUGAUAAAUAAACAUAAUAGCGAACGUGAGGGAGAAAGGCAUUUAUCACACCUUCUGUGGUUAACGCAUCAGCCAAUCAGGCUAUGCUUCCUGUUUCCUUCAACCAAUCAUUAAUCGGAUUUCCAUUUCCCCUCUGGUCAGGGGGAGGCAGGUGUUUAGGGGUCCAAGGUUUCAGUUCCAUUUAUGCAAUUCAGCCGUGAAGCACAUGUACAACCAACCCCUCUUUACAGACGACAAUGCUAUCACUUCCGACAUUGAUGACGAUGUUAACAUUCAUAGGGAUUGAUUAACUAUAACACAUUUGUGUCAUCACUCUUAAAUAGAUAAAAUGAUUAGUUACGUGCUGGAUCACUUUUUUUUAAUCAUAACACUGAAGCAAAAUGGUGUUGAAAAAAUAUUGAAAGAUGAAAUGUAAAAAAUAAAAUACCUUUUCAUUCCUUGCUUGACCUCCAAAACACAUUCCCUUUAGCAUUUAAAAUGAACAUUCCAUAUUAUUGAGACAAUAUGGAGGCGAACGGUGGCAGAGAGACAAUGUGGAAGUAUGUGGUGAGUAUAACUUCACUUUGGCACAAAUUGGAAGUGGUUUUAGCGACAAGACGUAAGAAAUACUGUUGAUGAUCAUAAAUGGUUACGUUUGGGGUUGCCUUCCUUGAUCUCGGAGUGAUUAUUGAACUAUCUGCUGUAAUGAUCUGUAUAGACAUUGCUUUUUAAUACUAGUUGUCUGAACCCCACUGUCGUCAUCCUCAUCAACCCACCUAUCCACUCCUCUGUCUCUAGUCUACAACCUCUGAUUAUGCUCUGAUGUAGAGUUUCUUUAUUUGGGUAAAGAAACACAUUUUGCUCAUUAGUACUGGAGGAAGACAUAAAAAAAUGUUGCAGUC